AUGGAAUUUUUUCUUGUCAUGGACGAGGAAAUAUUAAAUAUUGAACAACCAAUUGUUUUUGAUGAGGCUAUUGCACAUUAUGAAGUGCAUGCGCAGCAGCCGUACACUUCAUCAACGUACAAUAACAGUGAUGAAAUUCGAAUCACUGUGCAAAAUCAAGACCACUGUCUACUUCCGAGUAAAAGUUCAAUUCAUGUCACCGGAAGACUCUUGAAAAAUGAUGGUACAGCUGUAGUAAACACAUCUAUAGUUUCCAAUGGCGUCUGUCAUUUAUUUGAAGAAGCAAAAUAUGAGCUUAAUGGUGUAGAAAUUGAUAAAAAUAAAAAUGUAGCACUUACAAGCUUAAUGAAAAAUUAUGUUUCUUUUGAUGUUGCUCAAAGUAAAUUUCUUGAAAAUUUUGGUUGGUUGGAAUUUGUUAAUGAUGCAACAAUAACGAAUGCAGAAGGUUAUUUUGACGUUUGUAUUCCGCUAAAUAUGAUUUUUGGCUUUGCCGAAGAUUAUCAAAAAGUAAUUGUAAACGCUAAACACGAGCUCAUUUUUACAAGAUCGAGAACAGAUUUGAAUGCCGUUCGUCAAGUUGCCCCUAUUGAACAGUUUAGAAUUGUAAUAGAAAAAGUCGAAUGGCUGUUGCCAUAUAUAAAAUUAUCAGAUGCUCGAAAAUAUAAAUUGUUAAAGUAUAUAGAAAAGGAUCCAUCGAUUCCAAUUAGUUUUCGAACUUGGGAAUUAUAUGAGUAUCCUUUAUUACCAUUAACUCAAAAACAUAUUUGGAAUGUAAAAACUUCAACGCAAUUGGAGAAACCUAGAUUUAUUAUAUUAGGGUUUCAAACUGAUAGGAAAAAUAAUACUAUGCGAAAUUCAAGCUAUUUUGAUAAUUGUAAUAUAUCUGAUGUAAAGUUAUUUUUAAAUUCGCAAAGUUAUCCAUAUGAGUCUCAACCGCUUUUAUCAAAAAAAGAAUUUUUGCAAUAUGCUCCUUUAAUUGUAAUUGAUUGUUCAAAACAAAAUGAGGCACUAAAAAGUGGACCAGUUGACAUCCGUUUAGAAUUUGAAUCUAGAGAAAACUUUGAGGCCAACACUUCAGCAUAUUGUUUAAUUUUGCAUGAUCGAAUCGUUGAAUAUAAACCACUAAGUGGUAUUGUAAGAAAAAUUGUAUAA